GCUCGCUGUGUGCAAACAGACCGCAACCAAUUUCCAAGCAAACGUCCCGCCACCAAAUCCAAUAGGAAACGUCAUAAUCAUCUGAUAGGUGCGGCGCAUUGCGCCCACCUGUCGCCGCGCGUGCGUCCCGUGUGACGUCACGCGAGCCGCGCCGGAAAACUCCGAGGGACCACGACCCGACGUCCGCUCACCGAUUGAUCCAAAAAAGCCCUCCAGCUAAUCAAAUAGAGAAACUUUCCUAAAUAAAUAUUUUAAUGUCCUCCAUCGUCUCAGAAGUGGGGGCCUAGACGCGCUCCAGCUGGCAAAAUAAAACUGGAACCGCUAUGGUUGCGCGCCCCGAACGCGUGUCGCCUCGGCUUCUUAUCUAGUUCUUAAUCCAAGAUAAAUAUUACAUCAAUCGGGGGUGGGGAGGGGCGGAGCACGCAGGCGCGGGUCGCUUCAGCCCAGUCGCGCUCCGGCCGCGCUGCUAGUUGCAUCGUGUACUCGCGGCCGCGUCACCCGCUCGCCGGCAACUCGCCCGCUGCCAUUCCCACGACCUCGCAAAUACGUGUUACAAGUAGAGCUCACGGUAACCGCCCGCGACCGACCACGGAUCGAUCUCGCCCGGUGUACACAUUCGAGCGGCGGGCUUCCAGCACGUGCCAUCCCGUUGCAUCUGGGCGAGUCUCGUCGGUGUAUGAUUCGUGACGAUGGCGUGGGGAUACUGGUCGGCGUCGUCGGUGAUGCCGGACCGCGGGCGCAGUCCUCGCCGGGCCGGCACCUCUGCCGUGCACUCGCAUUCCAACCCGCCCACCGCAAGAGAGGUAAUGGAGGCGCACGAUGAGAGCAUCCUGCACACGGCCUCCACCAGCGCUCGCGACAGCAGGGACCACUCCGCCUCUCCGCACUCCUCGUCGAAUGGCGGUCACUCGCACCACCAGCACGAUGUGCGACACGCAGUGCCCGCGAGCGCCUUAUUCGGUGAAAGUUAUGGAGAACUGUCUAGAAGACCCUCGUUAGAUUUAGGUUCGGUGAGAAGUGCGUUAGCCUCGUGCUCCGGUGGGGGGACGUUAAGUGCGGGCUCGACGUUGACCCGAGGCGGCACCCUCGCGGACUACCACUUGCCCCCAACUCCGUGUCCGCACCACCACCGCGUGUACGUGGACCACCACAAGCAUUACGAGCAACCCAUCCAGCCGGUGCACGUGGGCGUGGGUCACCACUCCCACUCGCACUCGCACGCUUCGAGCAGGCACCACACCGACGACGAGGACGACCUCGAACCCGCAUACGCUACAGGUACCGCUCAUAAUAUUACAGCAUUAUACAAACUAAGUUUAACGAUCAUGAAAUGUUGUCUGUCACCGAAUUUAUAGCUGGCAACAUUGACAGUUUUAUGACCGUAUAUAUAUUUUAUCUGUUUCCAUUGAAACGACGCAGCUGUAAAUAGGUCAUAUGCAAUGUCAUAUAAAAAGUGGCUGUUUAUUAAACGAUUGAUAUUACGUCAUAAACAACAAUAAGAUAGGCCGGUAUAUUAUUCAGGAAAAUUACGAAUUUUGUGCUGGUAACAAACAGUGAAAAUCAUAUAACUUUUGUUUGAUUAAAGUAGAGGUAUUAA